AUUGUCCAUAAAAAUCGAUAUUUCCCAUCUCUAGUUUGACGUCAAAAAAAGUUUGUUGGUAUACCGCAGACUACAUAAUGGAUUCUCGACGGAGCUCUCGAAAAGUAAAAAUUGAGCCGUCAUUUGAGUUGGUCGAUAUAAAGGAAGAGCCUGACAACUUAAUCGAUACAGAGCUUACACUGGAAACCAAUCUUGAAACAAGGCGUAAGUACGUGAGAUCGCGAGCUGUUCAAGUGAAACCGGAAGAUGUUGAUGGAGUUGACAACACCAGACUGAAUGUACCGAUAGUAUCCGGAGAAAAUGAACCAAUUGGCACCGUAUAUGGUGAAACUAUUGUACCGCAGUGUCGUUUUUGUUUACGUAGAGUUUCGCGUACAAAUCUUAAAAUUAUACUCGCCAAACAUAAACCAAAGACAUUGGCAGCGUUCAAGAUAAAAGUGUUUCCUGGCGAUGCAUAUCCUCUGGCUUGUUGUAAUUGUUUAAACUUAUUGGACAUCAUGUUAGACUUUAAAGAAGCGGUGUUGAAGGCGAAGAAUUUGCUUCUCGGUGAUAGAACAUAUUUAGAGAGCGACGGAUGGGAUAAUUCUGAAUGUAUAGAUGCCAUUGCAAAAUGUAGAAGCGUAGUUGAACAACAUAAGAACCAGAUUGAUUUGACCUAUGCUGAGUACUUGAAACGGCGGGAAUCUGAUAAUGUAAAACCAGAAUUACCUAAAAACGAUGGAGUUUUGCAGGUCAUCUCUGCUGUAUCUGUACUUGAAGAACAAAGUACUAGUGUUGUAUCAUCGCUGGUUGAACCGGUGAAUGAGAGAAUACUUGCCGUGGCAACAGAAGUUAAAAAUGUAGACGAAGAAGAGUGCAAACAACAACCGUCAGAUGUAGGUGAAGGGUCCGAUUUUUCACCUCCAUCAGAUUUAGAGGACGGAGAUUUUGAAGAGGUUUAUGUGAAACCCGAAACAUCAAGAAGAUCCAGAAAAAAUCGAUCAUCGCGUGAAUCUGCCUCUAAUAGAACAAACAAAGAACAGGAACCCCGCCAAGAACUGUGUGACUUGUGCGGAGAACGUGUCUGUUCACAGGCUGCAGAAUCACAUAAAAAUCGUCAUUUGGGCAUUAAACCAUACUCUUGCCCAUCGGAAGGUUGCGAAUUGACUUUUUACAGUAGAUUCAAUCAAUUGCAACAUGUGAAGCGUAUCCACGCUGAGAAUGGCGUUCCUUCGCAUAAGUGUGAUAUAUGUGGGCGAAUUAUCCGAGGAGCACUGAAUGUGUUGAACUGGCACAAACGCAAGCAUGAUCAAACAAAGAAGCACGUAUGCCAAUUUUGUGGAAAAGGUUUUACUCUGCGGCAGUAUCUAAAGCAACAUGUCACCGUUGUACAUACUGAAGUAUUUCCUCAUGCGUGCAGCUACUGUGGUAAAAAGUUCAAACUGAAGUGGAGUAUGCUGGCGCACGAGAAAAAUGUUCAUGAGAAGAAAUAUCAGAUUGCCUCAGCGCAGCAACAGGAUCCUUCAGAUUGCAGUAUGCAGCAAGAACCCGGCAAUAGCUACGUAGCUAAGCUGUAAUUUGAUUCACGGGGAUAAUUUUAACCACUCUGAAACGACACGUCAAUAAACUUAUGAAAGCAUACUACAA